AUGAUGAAUUAUCCUUAAGAUAAUUAUCCCUACGACGCUGGUUUUAACAAUAAUAAUUAGCAUUAGAAUAUCGCAUACUCUCCUUUGCAAUAUGGAGUAACUUAAAAAGUCAACACUCCUGAUGAAGCUAAAGUUGAGAAACUUCUUCUCGUUAUAACUUGGGUCAGUAUUUUUAACUGCGUCAUGAAAAUGGACUACAAUGUAGCUAUUUAUUUAUUCUUAUACUAUAUUUGGGUAACAAGAACUAGCACAAAUCACUAUAAAGCUUUCUUAUUAGCUAACGCUGUCUUUAUUGGUCUUGACAUUUUAUGGUUUUUAAUUAACGUAAACUCAUGGGGAAGCGGAUAUGAAGACGAAAAACAUUUGUACCCUGUUUGGUUAAGUUUCAGACUCUACCGUAUUUUUACUUUAACAAUCAGUGCUAUUAUCAUCCUUUUGAAGAUUGCUUUAGCCUUAUUUUAAUACAAAGCUUUCUCUGCAACAUAACCCAAGGUUAAUCCUUAAUUCAAUCCUGCUAAUCCUGGAGCAGUUGGUGGCUAACUUUUCAAUCCUAGUGCCAACCCUAACACUUAUCCACCCUAAUAAAACUUUGGUUUUUGA